AUGAUCGCCCGUCUCUCAGCCCUCGUCCUCAUGGGUGAGACCGUCUGCCGCGACCCAGCUUGGCUCGACGUCUCGGUCAACUACACGAUCGAUGCCUUCCUGGCGGCCCGCGCCCUGCGCAUGUGGCCUUCCGUGCUCCGGCCUCUAGUCCACUGGUUCAUGCCAAGCUGCCAAAAGCUACGACAACACUUUGCCGUCGCGCGGGCCAUCGUCGCUCGUGAAGUUGAGAAUCGCACCUUGGCCAAACAGGGUCAGCGUGAUUCGGGAAAUGUACCACGUCGCGCCGAUGCACUGGAUUGGCUGGAAGAAAUCUCGACGGCGCAUGGGUCGGUGUCUGAUAGGCCACGUGAGCAGGUUGGAUUAGCGCUGGCGGCGAUUCAUACUACGUCUAACCUGUUGACGAACGUUGUGUAUGAUCUUGCAGCGUAUCCGGAAUACGUCGACCCGCUGCGGGAGGAGAUCAAGGCUGUGUUGGCGGAGGAUGGAUCUUUGAAGAAGACCAGUUUGCUGAAGUUGAAGUUGAUGGAUAGUGUGAUCAAGGAAUCACAGCGAGUGAAUCCUGUGAGCAUUGGUAAGUCAAGUAUUCCUCCCUCCCUCCCAUCAUUGCUUCUCUUCCUUCAUGUAUCCCUUCAAUGCUUUCUCCACGCAUCAUAUCAACUGAUCCUGCCGUCCUUGCCCACAGUAUCCAUGAACCGAGUCGCGCUCGCCCAAGUCCCUCUUUCAGACGGCACCGUUAUUCCCCGCGGAGCCACCAUCGCCGUAUCCGCACACAUCAACGAAGACGACGCCGUCUACCCUAACGCCUCCGCCUAUGACGGCUUCCGCUUCUACAAGAAGCGACAGGAGCCCGGGCACGAGCACCGGCACCAACUCGUCACAACGACGAGUGAGAACUUUAGCUUCGGCCACGGGCGUCAUGCUUGUCCGGGACGGUUCUUUGCGGCUAAUGAGACGAAGAUUUUGCUAAUGCAUAUGUUGUUGAAGUAUGAUUGGAAGUUUAAGGAUGUGAAAGGGAGACCGAGGAACUUUGAGAUUGGGACGGAAAGUAUUGCGGAUCCGAGUGUUGAGUUGUUGUUCAGGGGGAGGGUGCCUGACGUUGAUCUUGUGAUGUUGGGGGAGUGA